UAUAGAGAAUAUAAUCUCUUGGCAUGUUACCUUAUAAUACACACUAACAAGCUAUCCAGAAUUUUUGAAGUGGUCAUGAUUCUUCAGUCAUCAUGGCCCACAUCUUAUCCCGAGAAGUUUGAAAUAGAGUCUACGUAUCAAAACAGCAUAUGUGAACAUUAAAAGCGGAUGUGUUUCUAUAUAAAUGUACGCUCAUCACCCAAGAGCCCUCUUAAAGCAUUCUGCUUAGCUCCACACACAACCCAUACAGAUGGUUCGUAGUCUUUUGGUGUCCCUAAAAAGACUCAGAAUAUAUUCUGCAUUUUUAGCCAGCAAGUUGCUUUCUUUUCCAAAAUUAGCACAACAGACCAUGAAAUACUCCUACCAGUUCAUCCGUCGAAGUAAUCCACUCUUUGUCCAAAUCAUAUAUUUUACAUCAAUUUCAUUUGGUGGAUAUGCAGCUCUCAAGAUCCUCAAGCCACAAGAAAAUCCACAUGCUCUUAAAUACUUAGAUUUAUUAUUUACUUCUAUAUCUGCAUCCACUGUCUCAAGCAUGGCUACAGUUGAAAUGGAGGAUUUCUCAAAUAGUCAACUUUGGAUGUUGACUAUUUUAAUGCUAAUUGGUGGAGAGGUAUUCACUUCAAUGCUUGGUCUUUACUUCAUGAAGGCCAAAUUUGAUGCAAAAGGAUCCGUCAACAAAACAGGUUACUCAUUUUAUGCUGAUGUUGAAUCUGCUAGUUCUGAAAACCCUGGUCCAAACAGCACCCAGGGAACCAAAGUUAUGGUGCCAAUUUCCGAACUCCGCUUGGAAGACAAAGAUCGUGUUGAUCACGAGACAAUGAAAUCAUUAGGUUAUGCAUUGAUGGUCUAUCUUCUUGUGACAAAUUUAGGCGGCUCACUAGCUAUUUACCUUUACCUUAUCCUCGUACCAGAUGCACAAGAAGUUCUAAAGAGAAAGGACAUUGGGUAUGUCAUAUUCUCUAUAUUUACAGCCAUCUCUUCAAUUGGCAAUUGUGGCUUUACUCCAGUAAAUGAGAACAUGGUCAUAUUUCAAAAGAACACCAUCUUGUUACUACUACUUAUUCCAAAGAUUCUAUUAGGAAAUACAUUAUUUGCCCCAUGCUUGAGAUUUAUGAUGUGGUCACUUGAGAAGAUUACUACAAAAAAAGAAUACCAUUUCAUUCUUCAACAUCCAAAGGCAGUUGGAUACAAACACCUUAUGAAUGGCAGGGAGUGUGUUUAUUUGAUGGUAACAGUUAUCGUGUUCAUUAUCAUGCAAACCAUAUUGUUUUGCUCUUUGGAAUGGAACUCGAAUGCUUUGCAGGAAAUGAACAGCUACCAAAAGAUAGUGGGUGCUCUGUUUCAGUCAGUCAAUGCAAGGCAUGCUGGUGAAAAUAUUGUUGAUCUCUCGAGCCUAUCUUCAUCAAUACUAGUGUUAUACACCAUCAUGAUGUAUCUCCCUAGUUACACCUCUUUUUUACCUAAAGAUAAUGAUCAGGAUUCUAAUGAGGGGAUGAAAUAUAAAAGGAGAAGUAGGUGUGAGAAUUGGAUCCUCUCGCAGCUAUCUUAUUUGGCUAUCUUUGUGCUGCUAAUUUGCAUUACUGAGAAAGAAGCAAUGGCCACUGAUCCACUCAAUUUCAAUAUUUUCAGCAUAACAUUUGAAGUUAUCAGGAUUAAAUCAUUGAAUAUGCAUGGAGGGAGAGCUUGGAAGCUUAGAUAGCAUCAACUGAGUGUUGCCCUAAAUUUCCUGCACCCUGUAGUCGAUAAGUUACAUGCAACAAACUACCAAAAAAUUGUACGGCGUAGCAUAGCUUAACUAUGUAAUUGCAUAAGGAAGAUGGCAGGCUAUUAUUAGCAUUGACCGUUUGAAUUAUAUUUACAUAAGUAGCUCAUAUGUAUCACCAUGGUUUUACAUAAAGAUGGCCAAUCAUCAUAGUUGUGCGUGA